AUGGCUCGAAGAACUCAUGAAUGUGUACACGAGGCAGAAAAUGCUCAAUUACAUUAUGCGCCGGCGCAUUUUUAUGAAACACAACCUGGUAAAGGUUAUAUUGAUGACGUAGAUCAAUAUAGUCAAAUGUAUCGAGAAUCAAUUGAUAAUCCUGAACUGUUUUUUGAUAAAAUGGCAAAAGAAUUUCUACAUUGGGAUACACCAUAUAAAGCAGUGAAAUCCGGAUCCCUUGCUGAUGGAGAUGUCGCAUGGUUCUUAAAUGGUGAGUUGAAUGCUUCUUAUAAUUGUGUUGAUAGACAUGCUUUUGCCAACUCUAAUAAACCAGCUAUUAUAUAUGAAGCUGAUGACGAAGUGGAAAAUAGAAUCAUAACAUUUGGUCAAUUAUUGAGGAAAGUUUCGAAAGUAGCUAGUCUGUUGAAAUCAUGGGGUGUAAAAAAGGGAGAUGUUGUUACCAUUUAUUUACCCAUGAUUCCUGAAGUCAUUAUUACCAUGCUUGCUGUGGUUCGUAUUGGAGCUAUUCAUUCUGUCAUAUUUUCUGGGUUUUCUGCCUCUUCCCUAAGAGAAAGAAUCAUUGAUUCAAAAUCAAAAGUUAUCAUUACAUGCGAUGAAGCUAAGAGAGGUGGUAAGACAAUACAUACAAAGGAUAUUGUCAAUGAAUCAUUGCAAGGUAUCAAUUCAGUAACCUACGUAUUAGUUUACGAAAGAACACAUAAUAAAACAAUUGCAAUGUCACCAACGAGAGAUUAUUGGUGGACUGAAGAGGUGAACAAACAACCAAAUUAUUGCCCCCCUGUACCAUGUAAUGCUGAAGAUCCUUUAUUUUUAUUAUACACAUCAGGGUCAACAGGCUCUCCCAAAGGUAUAGUCCAUACAACAGCCGGUUAUCUUCUAGGUGCAGCAAUUACUACACGAUAUGUAUUCGAUAUUCAUCCCGACGAUAUAUUAUUCACAGCUGGUGAUGUUGGUUGGAUUACAGGCCACACUUAUGCAUUAUACGGUCCCCUUUCUCUUGGAACUGCGACAAUCAUAUUUGAAUCGACGCCAGCGUACCCAGAUUACGGUAGAUAUUGGAGAAUUAUUGAACGUUAUAAGGCAACACAUUUUUAUGUAGCUCCUACAGCAUUAAGAUUAAUAAAAAAAAUUGGGGAGGCUGAAAUAUCUAAAUAUGAUAUAUCUUCAUUACGUGUAUUGGGUUCAGUGGGUGAACCAAUUUCUCCAGAAUUAUGGAAAUGGUAUCAUGAAAAAAUUGGUAAUAAAAAUUGUGUCGUUUGUGAUACAAUGUGGCAAACUGAAUCAGGUUCACAUUUACUUGCACCUCUGUCAGGUGUCACUCCAACAAAACCAGGAUCCGCAACAGUUCCCUUUUUUGGCAUCGAUGCAUGCCUUAUUGAUCCCGUAUCGGGCCACAUAUUGGAAGGUAAUGAUGUAGUUGGUGUCUUAGCAGUUAAAUGUUCAUGGCCAUCAAUGGCAAGAUCUGUAUGGAAUAACCAUGAUCGAUAUAUUGAAACAUAUUUAAAGCCUUAUCCAGGUUAUUAUUUCACUGGAGAUGCUGCUGGUAGAGACCAUGAUGGUUAUUAUUGGAUUAGGGGAAGAGUAGAUGAUGUGGUUAAUGUUUCUGGUCAUAGAUUAUCAACUACAGAAAUUGAAACUUGUUUAGUCAACGAUAAAUAUGUUUCAGCUGCUGCGGUAGUUGGAAUACCCGAUGAUUUAACGGGACAAAGCGUAGUUGCCUUUGUUUCAUUACAGAAUGAUAAUGAAAUAGAUGGACCAGUAAGUUUCCAUAGAGAAUUGAUUUUGCAGGUAAGGAAAGAAAUUGGACCAUUUGCUGCUCCCAAAGCAGUUAUUAUAAUUAAUGAUUUACCUAAGACUAGAUCAGGAAAAAUUAUGAGAAGAGUAUUGAGGAAAAUUGCAUCGAAUGAAGCUGAACAAUUAGGAGACUUAUCCACACUAGCUAAUCCAGAAAUAGUUUCAGAAAUCAUGGAAGCAGUGAAGACCCAAUUUUUCAACAGAAAUGUGAAAUAA